CGUCUGCCUGUCAGGAAUAGCAAAGUGUAGUGUCCCGGUCUGGAGCCCUGCGUGUCUCCUGUCUCAAGCAGAACCGCCGGCUUCACGUCUGAGUUGGACAGGGGAUCUAGGCAGUUUGAAGUGGAAUGCUGCCAGAUCUAUCUUUCCAGCUCACGCGUGGAGCCGCGACAGGUCUACAGCGUCUUGCCAGCUUACCACACGAUGCACCAAGAAAACGCACAAGAAGAUGAGCAGUUAAGGGUUAAGUGGAGGUGUGAUCUCUUCACUUUUUUUGGUUAAAGUGAGAUUCAACUCCUCCAACUUAAUCCUUACUUGCACAAUCGACACAGACGAGGCGAACCAAGAUACGAAGACCAAUUUUAUUUUGAUGAUGAUUUUAUUUUUCGUCACAAUUCUUGAUUGUAAUGUUUAUCACAUAUAGCUAUUAUAUUUUCAUUCAUUUAUGAUUAACACAUAAAAAAAUAUUUAACAAUAAAUAUGUUUUUUUUUGUAACAUACAACUAACAUUAUGAAACGAAGUGUGUUAAAAUUAGGGUCAUAUUAAAAUUCAUGUUAUUUUUUUAAGUAACUGUACAAAUAUAUUCUCUAUUAUGUUUAAACAUGAACAAGAUAUUAAAAUAAUAUGUACACUUGUUUUAUUUUACCAUCACUCAAAAAUAUUCCAUUUUACUGGCAGUGGCAUACUUGCGAAACUGUAGCGCCACUGUGCGCGCGCAUGAGUAUUAUUCGAGACCCAACGCCCUGUAGACUAGCCUGAAGUGCACCACAAAUCACUAGAAAAAAAUCACAACACCCAAAACAAAAAAUGGGCAAAAAAACGUUGGUAACACCGGUGCGCUAAAAAAGCUUGCAAACUUCACGCACCUAACCUGCGCUGGACAUCGACUCGUCCGUAUUCUCUAAACUCUGGGAAAAUGUAUAUUGAUUUUUCAAAGAAAAGUCAACCGAUGUAACAAAACACCGUUCGCGGAGUGUUUAUACGCGUUUAGAAGUGUCGCGGUCGAUGUGCUGUGUCGUCGAGAUGGUGCGACGGUGUAUCUCGGCGCGUUCCCAGUGAGAUCGGAGAGUGUUGCGUCGCGCGGCCGACGGCCCGGAGCCCGGCCGCGGCCAGGGCCUGGGCGCGCCAUGGACGCCGGCGCCGCGGACCCGCUGCGAGCGGCCAGGCCGGAGGAGGGCUCAGAGAAGAAGGGCUCGGAGGGGCAGGACGAUGGCUACGAGACGAGCAACAGCGGCGAGGCGCGCCGCAAGCCCUCCAGCGCCGAGGGCUCCCCCGCGCCCGCGCCCCCCGCGCCGCCCGCGCCGCUCGACCCCUCCCCCGCGCCGCCCACCCCCCACAACCCCUCCCCCGAGCACGAGCUCGAGCCCGAGCACGAGCCCGAGCCCUACGAGCUGAUGCAGCGCCACUACCCGGCCUACAGACACUUCGAGCAGCCCCAGCCGCAGCCCGACUACCCCUUCUUCCCGAAAUACUCCGACCCGUACGGGUUCAAGCGCGAACCCGACGCCCCCUACGACAUGUCGCACCACUACCAGCCGCACCCCCACCAGCAUCCACACCAACAACACCACAAGAGAGACGAGGACAUGUAUAACGGGGUUAAACGGGAGUGCGACGACCCGUACUCGUUCGUCGAAGAGGACGCGAUGUGCGCGAUGCUGGGCGCGCCUCAGCACCACCCGUUGGAGCAACAUCAGCACCACCAGCAGAUGCAUCAGCAUCCGCACGCGAUGCAUCCGCAGCAUCCGCAGCACCAUAUGCAAAUGCAUCCGCAGAUGAUGCUCAACCAGCCGAAGAAGAGAGGGCGGAAGAAGAAGAUUAAGGAUGAGAAUGGGAUGGAGAUAAAAAUAGAGGGCCAAGAGGUCCGACCUGUGAAAGAGCGGAAGAAACACGACCGCUUCAACGGCAUGAGCGAAGAGGAGGUGGCACGGCGGACGCUGCCCGACCACCUGGCGGAGAACCUGGACAUCAUCAUUAUCGGCAUCAACCCCGGGUUGUUCGCGGCGUACAAGGGUCACCACUACGCCGGCCCCGGCAACCACUUCUGGAAGUGUCUGUACCUGUCCGGUCUGACCCGGGAGCAGAUGAGCGCUGACGAAGAUUACAAGUUGCUGAACUUCGGCAUCGGUUUCACGAACAUGGUGGGGCGCGCGACCAAGGGGUCCGCGGACCUCACGCGGCGGGAGAUCAAAGAAGGCUCCGCGGCCUUGCUGGACAAGCUGCGAGCCUUCCGCCCUAAGGUAGCGGUAUUCAAUGGAAAAUUGAUCUACGAAGUUUUCUCGGGCAAGAAAGACUUCUGUUUCGGCAAACAGCCUGACACCAUCGCCGGCACAAACACGUACAUGUGGGUGAUGCCGUCCUCGUCGGCGCGCUGCGCGCAGCUGCCGCGCGCGGCCGACAAGGUGCCGUUCUACGCGGCGCUCAAGAAGUUCCGCGACUACCUCAACGGCCUCGUGCCGCACAUCGACGAGGCCGAGCUCGUCUUCCCCGACAACACCUCGCGCCGCCCGCAGGAGGAGAUGGAGAUACGCAGACUCACCAUGGAGCCCGAGCCAGGCGACACGAUCAUCCUAGAAGACGGCACAGAAGUCCCACUGAAGAAGAAAAGGGGGCGGCCUAAGAAGAUAAAGUUGGAGAACGGAGAAGUGGCGCCGCCGACGCCGCGGGCGCCGAGGCAGCCGCGAGCGCCGCAGGUUUUGGACCCGAACGGGGAACAGCCGCCUAAGAAGAAAAGGGGGAGGCCUAAGAAGAUCAGGCCUGAGGAGCAACAGUUCCUGUUGCAACAACAGCAACAACAACAACAGCAGCAACAGCAACAACAGCAGCAACAGCAGGUGCAUGAUAUGUUAAACGAAUGUUUGCCGCAGCAGAUGCUGCCGAUGGCCGGCGGCAUGCACGAGCAGUUCCCGGCCCAGCCAGCACAGAACCAGGACAUGGAUAUGAUGUACUCCGAACCACCCUACUUUCAGCACGGUGGCAACAUGGAGUCCCAGAUGGAAGUCGCCGCGCCGCUGGGGCUGGCGCGCUACUCGUCGCCCGGGCCGGGCUCGGGACCCGGAUCCGGCACGGCGCCGGGCGGCGCGGGGACGGCGGGCGGGCCCGCUGGCCGGCGCCUCCCGCGCGCCGUGUACGCGUCGCCGCGCUCCGCCGGCUACUCGCCCGGCCCGCAGCGCCCGCAGGGCACGCCGCAGCCGCAGGUGAGACUCACCGUCACCAGCACCACUCAUCACCGCGCGCCGUCACCACUCAUCACCGCGCGCCGUGUACGCUCCGCCGGCUACUCGCCCGGCCCGCAGCGCCCGCAGGGCACGCCGCAGCCGCAGGUGAGACUCACCGUCACCAGCACCACUCAUCACCGCGCGCCGUGUACGCUCCGCCGGCUACUCGCCCGGCCCGCAGCGCCCGCAGGGCACGCCGCAGCCGCAGCACCACUCAUCACCGCGCGCCGUGUACGCUCCGCCGGCUACUCGCCCGGCCCGCAGCGCCCGCAGGGCACGCCGCAGCCGCAGGUGAGACUCACCGUCACCAGCACCACUCAUCACCGCGCGCCGUGUACGCUCCGCCGGCUACUCGCCCGGCCCGCAGCGCCCGCAGGGCACGCCGCAGCCGCAGCACCACUCAUCACCGCGCGCCGUGUACGCUCCGCCGGCUACUCGCCCGGCCCGCAGCGCCCGCAGGGCACGCCGCAGCCGCAGGUGAGACUCACCGUCACCAGCACCACUCAUCACCGCGCGCCGUGUACGCUCCGCCGGCUACUCGCCCGGCCCGCAGCGCCCGCAGGGCACGCCGCAGCCGCAGCACCACUCAUCACCGCGCGCCGUGUACGCUCCGCCGGCUACUCGCCCGGCCCGCAGCGCCCGCAGGGCACGCCGCAGCCGCAGGUGAGACUCACCGUCACCAGCACCACUCAUCACCGCGCGCCGUGUACGCUCCGCCGGCUACUCGCCCGGCCCGCAGCGCCCGCAGGGCACGCCGCAGCCGCAGCACCACUCAUCACCGCGCGCCGUGUACGCUCCGCCGGCUACUCGCCCGGCCCGCAGCGCCCGCAGGGCACGCCGCAGCCGCAGUACCCAUCAUCACCGGCCGCGUUCUCGGCUCCUUCGCCCCCGCGCAGCAACCCGUACGGGUCGCCGGCGCGGGGCGGCGUGGGCGUGGGCGUGGGCGUGGGCGUGUACCCGGGCCGCAGCCCGCUGUACGCCGCCUCGCCCGCGCCCUACAGCCACGCGGCCGGCUCGCCGCACGUGCGCCUCGAGGACAGCUACGACCACCGCCAGGAGGCGCAGGGACAGACUCCCCGGCCGUACUCGCGCUCGCCGGCGCCGCUCGGCGCGGGCGCAGGCGCGGGCGCGGGCGCGGCGUUCCCCGCCGCGUCGCCGGCGGCGCACUCGUACACGCCGUCGCCCGCGCACACGCCCUACUCGCAGCACUCCUCCCCCGCGCCGCGCACGCCCUCCGCCUACCCCAACCACGUCUCCCCCGCGCCGCUACCGCCGCUCCCGCACCGCUCCACCGGCAGCGCGGGCUCCUUCGCCGGGGAACUCUCCAGCGACAUCGGCGCCGCCAUAUCCUCGCCCAACGCUAGCCCGGGGCUGACGCUAGACUUCGAGCCCCCUCAUGCGGGGGAGAGUCGGGAGCGCGAGAGAUCGCCGCUCGGAUCUACGGACAUGCAUCCGGGAAGUGGGAGCGACGAGUCGCUACAAGAUUAUAACAAGCAGGCGAACUCGGGCGUGAGCGAGAUGUCGCCCGGCGGCGUCGCGAGCAACGUCGGUGUGCCGUCCUCCUUCGGCGCGGGGUUGUACGACGGCGCAGAGCGGCUCGCCUACCCGCACCAUCCGCUGCACGACGCUGCGCAUAAAGAUCACUACUACCGCGACCAAGUAAUCCACAUAUCGACGCCCGAGGGCGGGGGCGAGGGCCCGUUCUCGCCGCACGCGCCCGCCUUCCGCCCGCCCGAGCACAGCGCGCACUCCAGGCCACCCGGGUCGCCGGGCGAGUUCUCCAGCGGGGGCGCGAAGCCCAAGUCCCAAGACGUGGCGUCCAAGUCCCUCUCGGGGCUGGAGUCGCUCGUCGACCAGAUCCCCUCCAUCGCGGACGGGGGCCCCGCGCCCGCAGCCUCCAGCGCGGGGCCUACUCCACAGCCCGAGCCCGCGGCGCCCGUGGCGUCUCUCCCCGAGUACGCGCCCGCGCUCUACCCGCCCUACGGGUACGGCUCCCCCGCCUACGCCAACAACGGGUACGGCGCGCCGUUCGUGGGGUACGGCGGCGGCUGGGGCGGGCAGCUCAUGCGGCCGACGCCGGGCUACCUGUCCGAGUGGCAGUACGGCUACUCCGGCGUGCCCGGCGUGCCCGGCGUGCCCGGCGUGCCGUCCGUGGCGUCCGUGGCGUCCGUGGCGGGCAGCUACGCGCCCUACAACGCGCCCUACUACAACGGCUACGCGCCGCCGCCCGCGCACCACCAGCAGGCGCACUACCUGUCGCCGCCGGCGCUGAUGGAGCUGCACAAGAGCAGCGACGCGCCCGCCGCCGUGUCCGCCGUGCCCUCCGUGCCCUCCGUCGGCUUCGGCGGCUUCUGCUAGCCAGCGCACCCCCCAGCACGGACGGCGCACGGAUCCGGCCCUCACAGAGCUUCACUGCGUCCCCCGUCGUGCCCUCCCUCCACGGAGCCGGCUUCUGCUAGCCGCUACACCCGGACAGCACGGAGGGAACACGGAGCCGGCACGGACGUGACUCGGAACCGGCACGGAGAGCUUCGAUGCGAGCGGAGCGGAUGAGUUGCCGUAAUUAAAUGUCAUUUGGGAUUUUAUCGACUUUUUUCGACUGUAAUUAUUGACUAGGAGUAAAAAAAAACGGACGAUAACGUUUCGUUGCGUGUCAUUCGUUAUUUCCAAUGUGUUUAGAUAUCGUAUUACGAUCAUUAGAAUUUUUUAAAAUAAGUGACACGGCGGAAAAGUCAAUAUCAAAGAAUGAAUUCUAUAAAGAGGAUUAAAGUUUAAAAUUGGUCGAGAUAAAGUAAGCUCUUAUGAGGUUUAAUUGUUGCAAGUUCAGCGCUUCGCUCAUAGCCCUUAUUUGUAAAUAUUGUAUCUUUUGUCCAUCACAUUUUGUAUUAGGUAGAUUGUUUUCGGUCGCCGGUCGCGGGGGCGGCGGGUGGAUGGGAGUCUUGCCAGUGAAGUCGAAGUUUCGCGUUCUAGUCACUUACUAAUUCGUGUGGGCUAGUCAAAAAUAUGUCGCCGCCUCCCCGCGGGUAGCCGAGCUCGGCCUAUGAUGCGUAUACUUUUUUAUUUAGUUUAGUUUCGUAUUUAUAAAGCGAUUUUAGCAUUUUUAUAUACAACGGAAUAUAUUUUUACUGUCGCUUGUCGGCCAUUUUGAAGUCGCGGUCGGUGACCUCUCGUGGACGCUUUUAACUAGUGUUCUUUUCGCAAUCAAGUAUUUUUGAAUCAUCACGUGGUCGUGAGCGAGUACUGCCUUUUUAAAAUUAAGUACUUAUCAUAAAUUAUAUUUCUAUUUAUUUAUUUUGGUUACUCGUGACAGUUGCUCGAUUAUAAGGCUAGAGGUGACCGACCGGGCAGGGAAGUUACCGUCCGCCGCCGCGCCGGCCCGGGCCCGGCCCGGACGGCCCG